CAUCAUCACCACCACCCUCAACACCACCAUCUUUCCUCCUCUUCUUCUUCUUCAUGUAGGGCCGAAUAAUCAUGGCACCCCAUGCCGCCCCCCUGAACCCGUCCGAUAUCUCCGAUGCCGCCCGCCGAAGCUUGCUCGGGCUGCUUGAAGGCGUACGCGGCAGGAAGAACAUUGUCUUUGAGCGCUCGCUGUCAGGGCCCCUGAACCUGCUCGUCAAGUUCUCCCAAUUGCAAGAAUACGGCGUCGACCGUCCAUUCUUCCUGGAAAAUGGCAACAUCGACUCCUCUCAGCGCAACGUCGUCUUCAUUGCCCGCGGCGACAAGGCCAAGACGGCUCUCGCCGUAGCCGAGCAAAUCAAGAAGCUCCGUCAUAGCAGCCAGACAGAUCAUGAAUUCUCCAUCUUCUGGGUGCCGCGACGGACACUCGUAGCCGACCAGGUCCUCGAGGAAGCAGGCGUCCUAGGCGAGGUCAACAUGGCAGAAUGGCCGUUGGACUUUGUCCCGCUUACCGACGACCUUCUUUCAUUGGAACUCGAUGAUGCUGUUAGCGAUCUCUACCUGCGCAAAGACCCGACGCCGACCUUCCUCUCGGCGCGAGCACUCAUGCGACUGCAGGAGAAACAUGGUCUUUUCCCACGUAUAGUGGGCAAAGGAGACAACGCGCGCCGGCUUAUAGACCUUUUGGUGCGCAUGCGCACAGAGGUGCUAGCAAGCCCUAGUUCAAGCAUGGAUUCGCCCCUAGGCCUUACUCCAAGCUCCGUUCUCGACAGCUUGAUCGUCAUUGACCGCGAAGUCGACUUUCCCACCGCGCUCAUGACGCAAUUGACCUAUGAAGGGCUCCUUGACGAGGAGUUCUACAUCCAAUCCAACCAAAUUGAGGUCGAGUCGUCAGUAGUAGGUUCUGCUCCAGGCGGCCCGUCGCAACCCGGCGCUUCUUCAUCGACGCAAGCCUUGAAGCGCAAGAUCCCGCUCGAAGCUAGCGACACGUUGUACAGCACUCUGCGAGACACGAACUUUGCCACCGUCGGCCCGCUGCUCAACAAGGUGGCUCGGCGGCUGCAGCAGUCGUACGAGAACCGCAACAUUGCGCAGAAGACGACGUCAGAGCUGCGCGACUUUGUGUCGAAGCUGCCGGGGUACCAAGCCGAGCAGGCGUCGCUGAAGCUGCACACCUCGCUGGCGGAGGAAAUCAUCAAGCACACGCGGUCCGACAUCUUCAGCCGCGUGCUCGAGGUGCAGCAGAACCUGGUGGCGGGCGCGGACCCCAGCUCGCAGCACGACAACAUCGAGGAGCUGAUGGCGCGUGGCGUCAAGGCCGAGACGGUGCUGCGGCUGCUGUGCCUCGAGAGCUGCCUGCACGGCGGCCUGCGCCCGCGCGACCUCGAGAACUUCAAGCGCGCCGUCCUGCACGCCUACGGGCACCAGCACCUGCUGACGCUGGCGAACCUCGAGCGCGCGGGCCUGCUGGUCCCCCGCUCGGGCGGCGUGGGCGUCGGCCUCCCUGGCGUUGUCGGCUCCGGAGGCAGCGCCGCCCGCCCCGCCCCAAGCACAAACUACAGCGCGGCACGACGCGCACUCGGCCUCAUCAUCGACGAGGUCAACGAGGCCGAGCCCGACGACAUCGCCUACGUCUUCUCGGGCUACGCGCCGCUGUCGGUGCGCCUCGUCCAGUGCGUCCUGCAGAAAGAGUACGUGACGGCGCUGUCGUCGUCGAACCCAGCCCGCCGCGCCGAGACGUUCACGUCGACGCUGGCCGCCGCCGCCACGGGCGCCGCCUCCUCGGCCACGGGCUCGCGCACAGGCUCGCCCGCCCCGGCACCCACGCCUCCGCCUGCUGCCGCAGCGAGCAUCCACGCCCAGGGCUGGCGGCCCUUUGACGACGUGCUGCGCCACGUGCGCGGCGCGACGGUCGACGUGGCGCAGCCGGGCGAGGAGAAGGCGGCGCGGGCGCGCGCGCUGCUGAACGGCAAUGGAAGCAACAACAACAAUCACGGCGGAUCGAGCAAGACAAUCGUCGUCUUCUUCCUAGGCGGCAUCACGCGGGCCGAGAUCGCGGCGCUGCGGUUCGUGAGCCGCGCGCUGGCCGAGGAGGGGCGGGGCCGGCGCAUCGUCGUUGCGACGACGGGCGUGGUGCGUGGGGAUGGGGUUGUGGGCGCGGCGAUUGAGCGGGGGGCGUUGGGGGGUGCGGGGGUUUAAACAGUUGGGCGUGUGUGUCGUGUAUGCGGUAGGUAAGAUGUAUGUAUAAGUAGAGGCAUUGAGCGAGCGAGCGAGCGCGCGAGCACGUCAAUAGAGUUUGCAACGGCG